AUGCCUCCAAAGAAACAAGUAGAAGAAAAAAAAGUGCUUUUGGGCCGUCCCGGCAACAAUUUGAAAGCCGGUAUCGUCGGUCUGGCCAACGUUGGUAAGUCGACUUUCUUCCAGGCCAUCACCAGAUGUCCCUUGGGUAACCCAGCGAACUACCCAUUCGCUACCAUCGACCCUGAAGAAGCUCGUGUGAUUGUGCCAUCUUCAAGAUUUGAAAAAUUGUGCGAAAUCUACAAGCCAGCAUCCAAGGUGCCAGCGCAUUUGACCGUUUACGACAUUGCAGGUUUGACCAAAGGUGCCUCUGCCGGUGAAGGUUUGGGUAACGCGUUUUUGUCGCACAUCAGAGCCGUGGACUCUAUCUACCAGGUUGUGCGUUGUUUUGACGACGCUGAGAUUAUCCACAUCGAAGGUGACGUGGACCCAGUACGUGACUUGGACAUCAUCAACACUGAGCUGAGACUCAAGGACAUCGAAUUCUCCGAAAAGCACCUGGAAAACGUGCACAAGAUCACCAAGAGGGGAGGUCAGUCGCUUGAGGUCAAACAGAAGAAGGAAGAAGCCGCUUUGGUCGAGAAAAUCAUUGAACUGUUGAAGUCGGGCCAAAAAGUCGCUAACCAAACCUGGACCACCAAGGAGGUGGAAAUCAUCAACAGCAUGUUCUUGCUGACCGCCAAGCCAUCCAUCUACCUUAUCAACUUGUCCGAAAGAGACUACAUCAGAAAGAAGAACAAGCACUUGCUCAAGAUCAAGGAGUGGAUCGACAAGUACUCCCCAGGCGAUUUGAUCAUUCCAUUCUCGGUCUGUUUGGAAGAAAGACUUUCGCACAUGAGUCUGGAGGAGGCCGAAGAGGAACUGAAAACUUUGGGCGUCGAAAGUGCCUUGCCUAAGAUCAUCACCACCAUGAGACAGAAGCUUGACUUGAUUUCUUUCUUCACCUCGGGUGCAGAUGAGGUUCGUGAGUGGACCAUCCGUAGAGGCACCAAGGCUCCGCAAGCCGCCGGAGUUAUCCAUAAUGAUUUGAUGAACACUUUCAUUCUCGCGCAAGUGAUGAAAUACGAAGACGUGAUUGAAUACAAAGACGAAGUUGCCAUCAAGGCCGCUGGUAAGAUGCAGCAGAAGGGUAAGGACUACGUUGUCGAAGACGGUGACGUCAUCUACUUCAGAGCCGGUGCCGGUAAAAACUAA